UCUCCAGGUCAUCUCCUGGUUUCUAAAAACUCACUUGAAAUACAGUGACGGAUCCAGACAAAUGGAGAAUAACCUCACUGCAUCUGAAACUACAGACCAAGCAACGCCAAUGACGAUGCCAGCUGCGAUCCCUUGCAUGGUGAUCUGCUCCAUCCUACCGUAUGGUAUUACACAAUGCCCAUGGGUUUUAGCUUAUCAGUGUCUGACGAUCAUCAGAAGAAGCUCCCCCCUCUGUCCUCUGGGUCUCGAGGGUUCGGGUGGACAACAGAUCAUUUGAGAAAAGUCUCCACUUGAUGAUCCGCCGCCAGCUGCUGGAACUCGGGGACGUGCAAGCUCCCCCUUUCUAAUCACAUCAUCCCCACCAUCCUGCCAAUAAGUUGCUAUGGCAGGACUGGUUUGUCUCCAAGGAAGUCAUUGGGGAAGUAUGACAAUGAUUCACAAUUGACGAGCCCCCUGGGGUGGGUUGACGUGUCCCAUGUUCUGAAAAUAAAAAUUCGAAAUAAAAAAAAUAAAAGAGGGUCACGGGCGUGUGGAUGGAUUGCGAGAUGUGUGUGUUUAGGUCGAAACCAAUGAGAAGUCAGAAGUACAGUGACCUAUGUCGCCAUGCUUUUCUCAUGGGUUGGAACAAAGAUACGACUUUAAUUUCCAACCAGUCGUCGUUGUGAGAGCUUUAUCGCCCUGAAUCUUCGAUUUCUGAAAGUAUGGUCGAGGAGGUGGGGAAAAACUCCAA